UCUGCCUUCCCUCCUAGGAGCCGUUGAUGGGAGCGCCACGCUGAGGUCCCAGCUGGGUUCCUGAGCUGCUGUUGCCUCCUGGAGCUGCUGUGCUGCAGUGAGGAGCUGUCCCUCCUUUGGCCUGUCCCAGACACCUCCUGUGCUGCAUGCAGGUGCUGGAGACCAUGGGCAUCGGCAAGAACACCACCUCCAAGUCGGUGGAGGCAGGAGGCUCCACGGAGGGCAAAUACGAGGAUGAGUCCAAGCACCCAACCUUCUUCACCCUGCCCGUUGUGAUAAAUGGUGGAGCCACGUCCAGCGCUGAUCAGGACACCGAGGACACGGAGCUCAUGGCCAUCUACACCACGGAGAAUGGCAUAGCAGAAAAGAGCUCCCUGGCAGAGACCCUGGACAGCAGUGGCAGCUUGGAUGCCCAGAGGACUGACAUGAUUUACACCAUCGAAGAUGUUCCUCCCUGGUACCUCUGCAUCUUUCUGGGCUUGCAGCACUACCUGACGUGUUUCAGCGGGACCAUCGCCGUGCCCUUCCUGCUGGCCGAUGCCAUGUGCGUGGGCUUCGACCAGUGGGCCACCAGCCAGCUCAUCGGGACCAUCUUCUUCUGCGUGGGCAUCACCACCCUGCUGCAGACCACCUUCGGCUGCAGGUUACCCCUGUUCCAAGCCAGUGCUUUUGCAUUCUUAGCACCUGCCAGAGCAAUUCUCUCUCUGGAGAAGUGGAAGUGCAAUAACACAGAUCUAACAGUUGCAAACGGAACAGCAGAGCUGCUGCACACGGAGCACAUCUGGUACCCCCGGAUACGAGAGAUCCAAGGUGCCAUCAUCAUGUCCUCGCUGAUCGAGGUGGUGAUCGGGCUGCUGGGGCUGCCCGGGGCCCUGCUGCGCUACAUCGGCCCGCUGACCAUCACCCCCACCGUGGCCCUCAUCGGCCUCUCGGGCUUCCAGGCUGCAGGGGAGAGAGCUGGCAAGCACUGGGGCAUCGCCAUGCUGACUAUUUUCCUAGUGUUGUUGUUUUCCCAGUAUGCCAGAAAUGUCAAAUUUCCCUUGCCCAUUUAUAAAUCCAAGAAAGGAUGGACAGCAUACAGGCUGCAGCUUUUCAAGAUGUUCCCUAUCAUCCUGGCCAUCCUGGUCUCCUGGCUGCUGUGCUUCAUCUUCACGGUGACGGACGUGUUCCCCCCGGACAGCUCCAAGUACGGCUUCUACGCGCGCACGGACGCGCGCCGCGGCGUGCUGCUGGUGGCCCCCUGGUUCGCAGUGCCAUCCCCCUUCCAGUGGGGCCUGCCCACCAUCUCGGCGGCGGGCGUGAUCGGCAUGCUGAGCGCCGUGGUGGCCAGCAUCAUCGAGUCCAUCGGCGACUACUACGCCUGUGCCCGGCUCUCCUGUGCUCCUCCUCCUCCCAUCCACGCCAUCAACAGGGGGAUUUUCAUCGAGGGUCUCUCCUGUGUUCUGGACGGAGUGUUUGGGACAGGGAAUGGAUCCACCUCCUCCAGCCCCAACAUUGGGGUCCUGGGCAUCACAAAGGUUGGGAGCCGCAGGGUGAUCCAGUAUGGAGCAGCUUUCAUGCUGCUGCUGGGCAUGGUGGGCAAGUUCAGCGCGCUCUUCGCAUCGCUGCCCGACCCCGUGCUGGGGGCUCUCUUCUGCACCCUCUUUGGGAUGAUCACGGCCGUGGGUCUGUCCAACCUGCAGUUCAUCGAUCUCAAUUCUUCUCGGAAUCUCUUCGUGCUGGGGUUUUCCAUCUUCUUCGGGCUCGUCCUCCCCAGCUAUCUCAAGCAGAACCCCCUGGUCACAGGAAUCGCGGGCAUCGACCAGGUGCUGAACGUGCUGCUCACCACGGCCAUGUUCGUCGGGGGCUGCGUCGCCUUCGUGCUGGACAACACCAUCCCAGGGAGCCCUGAAGAAAGGGGAAUUCGGAAAUGGAAGAAAGGGGUCGGUAAGGGAAGCAAAUCCCUGGAAGGCAUGGAGACGUAUGAUCUGCCUUUUGGCAUGAACUUCAUUAAAAAAUACAGGUGUUUCAGCUUCCUGCCCAUCAGCCCCACCUUCCUGGGGUACACGUGGAAAGGCUUCAGGAAAAGCAGCAACUGCAGGAGUUCAGACGAAGACUCGGAAGCUACAGUAUAGCCUUAGCUGAAAUUAUAUUAUCUAGUUGUAGUCAAAGAUGUAUUUGCAGUUUCUUGCUGAUUAAGAAGCAUUAAAAUAUAUGUUUUGUAUAUCUGCAUUUAAAUUCUGGAACCAGAGCUGAGACGGA